GCCUGGCUCUGCGCCUCUGUCGCCGCUGCCAGUCUUCCGCCGAAACCCAGAAUGACGAGAGCUUGCCGCGCCCGUUGCGGCAUCCCUCCACGGGACGUUUCAUGAACCCGUGGCUCAGGGACGGCCAGGAUCCCUGCGAAAAGACGCCGAAGGACAUGGCCGCUUUUUUCCGCGACUGGCUCCGCUUUGACCCAGAGGUCGAGGUGAGCGAAACAGAUGGCUCCUGCAUUUCCCCAGUGCCCGUGGCCUGGGAGGAGCUCCGCGCUAUCCAUGACAUUGGGGAGCCGGCAGCACUGUGGCUGGGCCAUGCGUCCGUGUUUUGCAUGUACCGGGGCCAGCGGAUCCUCUUCGAUCCGGUCUUCUCUCAGCGCGUUUCGCCGGUCUCUUUUGUCGGACCCCAUCGCUUCAAGCCGCCACCGGUAAGUCCGGACUUCAGUGACUGGCCAGCCGAGAUGGCGCCUGAUGUCGUCGCCAUCUCCCACGCUCACUACGACCACCUGGAUGAGGCCACGGUGCUCAACCUCCACACAAGGUUUCCCAGCAUCCGCUGGUGCGUUCCCCUGGGCUUGGGCAGCUGGCUGCGGCAGCGUGGCAUCGAAGCGACGGAGCUGGACUGGUGGCAGGAGAUGCCACUUGCAGCCCAAGAUUUGGCCCUCGUGGCUCUGCCGGUCCAACAUUGGGCGAACCGCUUUCCGUGGGACAGGAACACAACCUUGUGGUGUGGCUAUGGCGUCGUACGGAAAGUACCAGCCGGCGCCAAGGAGAAGCCGCCCAUGCCCCUCUGCUUCCUGGGCGACACAGGCUACUGCCCAAUCUUCCAGCUCCUUGGGACGAAGUACGACAUCGGCUUGGCCUUGGUGCCAAUAGGUGCAUACCACCCGCGCUGGUUCAUGGCACCUUCGCACACGGAUCCGGCUGACGCCGUGCGGAUCGUUGAUGAACUCAAUGCCGACGCGGCGCUGGCCAUUCACUGGG